AUGCACUGUCCAUUUGCCAUGGCCAAACACCUGACGACAUUGAGUAUGCACAGAAAUCUAACAAGAGCUCAACCGGACUUGGCUCUGUGCCUCUGCAAAGUGUACACGGCCGAUCACGUCUGGACCAGUUUCAAGACGUACGCAUGUACGCAUCUUGCAGACUCGUCACACCCUCCAAGCACCGUCUCAUUGGCACCGGGCGAUCAUGCCACUGAAAAAUCGUCUUUCUCAAACGGUGUUGGUACAUCUCGAUUCCAACUUGCGGUGUUCCGCGGAUGCGCAGCCAAGAACCAUGUCGAUCGACAGACACGUUGUCAAACAAGCAAGGCGCCGACGUUGAUGACAUGCACAUCAGCAUGCUUCUGA